UGCUUUACCCACUUGGCUUUAGAGGACGUACCGGUGCACCUUACAGUCCUCCGUGUCUCCGUGGCGCAGAACGGGAGGGUCAGCGCUCCGUCAGGGACGCGCUGUGCCCGGGUUCAGAGCAUCUGUCCCUGUCCGCUGAUCAAAUCCGUCCAGAACCAGGAUCUCUUACCAGCUGUCAUUUGCUGCACUUUUAUCAAGCCGGCUGCGGCGCUUCUGGACUCUACUUCUCCCACUCAUGCCGGCUGAAUAAACUCAUCGAUCACCGAUUAAUUUGGGAAUAUCAGUCACGGCAGAUCUACUGAUUCUUACUUUGGAUACAAGUCGGACCGGGGAUGAGGAUCCCAGUUUAGUACUGUGUCAGGAAUGCCCCAGACUGUGUGCUCAGGCACCAUGUUUACCACUUCCAGUGGUUUCAGCCCCCACCUGGCCUGCGCUGAGCCUGGGGAGGAGGAAGAGGAUGGGGCCCCUCAGGAGGGCCCGGGGCCAGCAGCCUGUCUAGCUGAUGGGCCUCCUAUCACCUCUGCUUCCCUGGAGACGCUGAUCCAGAACCUGGUGCCCACUGCGGACUAUUACCCUGAGAAAGCCUAUGUGUUUACCUUCUUGCUGAGCGCCCGUCUGUUCAUUCCUCCCUCGGAGCUGCUCUCCAGGGUGUGUGAGCUGUGUAUCAAGCAGCAGCAGCUGGAUCAGAGCCCGCUCGACACGGUUAAGGUACGCAAGUUUGGUCCUAAGAUCCUGCAGCUGCUGACAGAAUGGACGGAAACGUUCCCAUCAGACUUCAGGGACGAGAAGAUGGUUGGUCACCUUAAAGACAUCAUCCACAGGAUAGCUCCAUGUGAUGAGGCGUACUGGAAAACCCUGAACCAGAUGCUGCAGAAGCUGAGCCAGAGGUUGGCCCUGAUGAGCCAGGGGGAAGAGAGCAUCGUCAAAGUCUCCCUCAACGCCUCCUCCAUCUCCGACAAGCUCGUGGCUUUCAAGACCAAGCCCCCACCCAUCCAGAAGGACAUGCUCUCCAUCUGCAAUGACCCCUACACGCUGGCACAGCAGCUCACCCACGUGGAGCUGGAGCAUUUAAGCCGUAUUGGACCGGAGGAGUUUGUCCAAGCCUUUGUUCAGAAAGAUCCUCUGGAUGGAACACAGCCAUCUUUCAGCGAGCAGAAGAAGAAAACCUCCAACCUUGAGGCCUACGUCAGAUGGUUCAACAGACUGUGUUACCUGGUAGCAACAGAAAUCUGCAUGCCAGCCAAGAAGAAGCAGAGAGCCACAGUGAUUGAGUUCUUCAUCGAUGUGGCCAGAGAGUGUUUCAACAUUGGCAACUUUAACUCCCUGAUGGCGAUCAUCUCUGGUAUGAACAUGACUCCUGUGUCACGACUGAAGAAGACUUGGAGCAAAACCAAAACUGCCAAAUUUUUUAUUCUCGAGCAUCAGAUGGAUCCCACAGGAAACUUUUAUAACUACAGGACCGCCCUGAGGGGAGCUGCCCAUCGCUCUCAGACUGCCAACAGUAACAGAGAAAGGAUUGUGAUUCCCUUCUUCAGCCUGCUGAUUAAAGACAUCUACUUCCUGAAUGAAGGCUGUGCCAACCGACUGCCCAAUGGCCACGUCAACUUCGAGAAAUUUGUGGAGUUGGCUCGACAAGUUGGAGAGUUUAUGACGUGGAAACAAGUGGAGUGUCCGUUUGAGGAGGAUCGCGCCAUCCUGCACUACCUCCACACCGCUCCCAUCUUCAGCGAGGACGGACUCUACCUUGCAUCAUAUGAAAGUGAAAGUCCUGAGAACCAGGUGGAGAAGGACAGGUGGAAAGCACUCAGGUCGAAUGUUCUGGCAAAGACAUGAGGCGGGGUGGGAUCUAACCCUCCCACCACCAGACGAGGAGAUGUGUGUGUUUUCUUUGCACUAAACUGGACUGUGAAGGAACCUGAAGCUGGUACUUUGGUGUUUUACUACAAAGAAACUGCAUUAAGAGCAAAAAAAAAAAAGGAAACGACCA